CUUGGUAAGUUGCUUAUUAUUAUUAUUUUUUUUUGGGUAAAAAGAAAAAUUCUUCUGUGGUUCUGAUGCAAUUCAAAAGAGAGAGAACAGAGAGCGGACCGGUUCUAUGACUUGGGUUUCUAUUAUCUGUUAAUUUCUGUUGGAUGGUGUGGAGAUCGAGAACUGAAUUUCGUUUGCCUUCCUUCUGCAGAUCCCUGUUUCGUAUCUGUAAACUGCUUGAUGAAAUGCUUCUUCCAAUCUUUGUUGAGUGUUCCUGGUGAAGUUUAGCUCCUAAGUACGGCUAUGGAGAGUCCUUGCAGAACAACAAACAACGGUGAGGUGGCUGAUCCAUGCCUUCAGAUUAUUAGAUACUCUCCUUACCAACCCUGCGCCAAGCUACCAUCACCCUGGUUUGAUUUGAGAGUGUUCUAUGUGAGGGUCAGCAAUGUCAAGGUAGAUGAUUCUACUCCUGAGUUCCUCACUCUCAGUCAUAUUCCUCUUAGCCCUGACACCCUUUUGGAAGUUAAUGGUGUUAGAAGUAGCAUUUACUCCGAUGGGGUUUCCUCGCUUCUUCGGAGGGAUCGAGCAGAUAAGCAAUCAGAAGAAGCAACAUUUGUAAGCACAGACAGUAUUAGAUUAACAGGGAGUGUGAAAUUUGAGGUUUAUGAUAAGGACGAUGUUAUUCUUUCUGGGUUUUUGGAGAUGUCCAAUAGUAAAGGUUUAACGGGAGAAUCUAAGAACAAUAUGAAACGAUGGAAUAUGAAUUGUGAAUCGGAGAUCACGGCUGGGACUGGAUUCUUGAAGGGAAAACAAAUUACAAGCUCUGAAUUAACAUUACCAACAAUCGAAGUGUAUUAUGAUCUGCAGCCAGCCGAAUACACAAACUACAAGCAAGAAAAUGAUGAAGAUUACAGCAACAUGUACUGGAGGAGAACUGAAUACAUAGAUGGCGAAGAUGGUGAGCUAUCGUGGUUCAAUGCGGGUGUGAGGGUUGGUGUAGGGAUAGGCCUCGGAAUCUGUCUUGGAGUUGGGAUCGGGGUUGGCAUACUGGUUCGCACUUACCAAGCAACAACGAGGAACUUCAAAAGGCGGCUGAUAUGAGUUGUUUUCGUGGCUGUGAAUUGUCUAAGCAUAAAGGUGAAAGGCAGUGAAUUUGAUCUGGUCUACAAGAUGGAUAUGUAUAUAUGACUGCAGAUUUUGAGGGUAUAGAUGUGUGUUUAGCUAACAGAAA